AUUCUGACAUUAAAAAAAUGUGUCUUGUAAAUUCUUUCUUUGUCCCUCUCAUACUCCUCUCUAUAAAAACUACACAUAGCAUUCUUAAUUCUCAAUAUACAUAAAAUGUCGUCGGCCGGAAACUUUGGCGGCGGAGAAAUGGCCGGAAAUUCACCUCAGAAUUACUACUGUUACGGAUGUCAACGCACUGUCACCUUAACACCAUUACCAAAUUCCGAACUCUCAUGCCCUAAUUGUAAUAGUACAUUUUUAGAAGAAUCCCAAACCGUCCCGCCUCCAGAUCCUAUCACCGGCAACAAUCCCUUCGGAGAUGGAAUUCCGGUUGCCUUAUCCACCGAUUCCGGCGGCAGCGGCGGUGAUGAACUUGCUGCAUUCUUCGGUGGUGGCGCGUUUUCCGGCCAAUCACCUAUUGAAUUAGACCCUGUUGCGUUCAUCAAUAGCUAUUUCAGGGAUGGUGGUGCAACUAUUCGAUUACUGCUUGAAAACAAUCUUAUCGGCGGUGGUGGAAGUGAUUAUGGGUUACCAGAGAACUUUGGUGACUAUUUUGUCGGGCCGGAUCUUGAGCAGCUGAUCCAACAACUUGCAGAGAGUGACUUGAACAGGCAUGGUACACCACCGGCUGCAAAAUGGGCUGUUUCGGGCCUUCCUGAUGUUAAGGUGAGUGAUGAGUUGUUGACUUCGGAUUUAUCACAAUGUGCUGUUUGUAAAGAUAGUUUUGAGCUGGACGAAUUGGUGAAGCAAAUGCCUUGCAAGCAUAUGUACCAUAAGAAUUGUAUAUUACCUUGGUUAGAAAUGCAUAAUUCGUGCCCUGUAUGUCGGUAUGAGUUGCCAACUGAUGAUUCUGAUUAUGAGAAUAGGAGAACAUCACGGCAGUCGACAAAUACAAGUAGGAAUACUAAUACUAAUAACAAUGAAAACAAUGCUGGUUUGUUUUCUCUGCGUUCAGAAGGUGGAGGAAAUCAGGGGAAUCCUAGAACAGUGGAGAGAAGGGUUAGGAUUUCAUUACCAGGGCUGUUAAGGGGGUUGGAAUCGCAUGCUGAGACAAGCAACAGUGGAGGUGGGGGAAGCGACGAUGGAGUGAAUAAUGAUGGUAACAAUAGUAGUAGCAAUAAUAGUCACGGGGAAUCGAAUUCACGUCCUGGAGGACAAGGACAAGCAAGACAGGAGGAUCUUGAUUAAAUGGAAACAAGGUCGCAUCCGUGAGCUUCCUAUUCAAAUCCACCUAAAGGAAAAAAGAGACGUGGGAGGUGGGAGAAGUCAG